AUGUGGCUGCCCCGUGCUGCAUUCGGACUGUGGACCACGCAUACCAAUGUGACUACGACCGCCCCCAUGCUCAUCUGCAUGGUCAUUCCUCGCGUCAGCAAAUGUCCUCCAACCCCAAGCACAGCCUAUGCGAUUGACCUGAACAUGCCCUUUGCUAGGCUUCUCAUCGGGAUUCCAGCUAACUCCACGCAGUCAGUCUGCCGCUCCGCCGCACCGAUGCUCCUGUACAGGCUCAAGUUUGACCCCCUCUCCGGCUACCAACGUGCCAAAUUCUUCAACCUCUUAGGUGGGCGCUGCAACUGCCAUGACAUUGAACCAUGCUCCGAUUUCGCGACGCAGUCCUGUUUCCGAGCUAAAGCCUGCUUUGACGACAACCAGAAGAGCUGCCUGCGCUUCCGAGGCUGCGAUGAAGAUGAUGACGAUCAACACCGCAAGCGCGUGAAGCUGGCUGCCACCUGCGGUGGCCGAGGUGGCUCAGCCUUGUCAGACCGUGACAAAAAGCGCGUCUUCAAAAUUCUCACCAACGUCGUCAACAACUGCGAGUAUAUUGAUGAGGUUCGCAUCCGACCAUUUGCAACUUGCACUGAUUCGCGUUCCCGAAAGCCAUGUCGCGUGCGACUUCGUGACGAAGACGACCUGAAGCUGUCUGAAAAAUCGACUAAAAAACGCUAUGACAUCAAGGUCAAAGUCCAAACAAAGCAGGACGCAAAGGCCCUGAAAAAGUGCUUGAAAAAAAUCGAUGACCGUCUACUACAAAGAAAAGACUGCGUCGUGCGCAUAAAGUCCAGUCUGCUUCCUUUGCCGCUCACAUCAACAUCGACCACAUCGACCACAUCGAUCACAUCGACUAGCACAAGCACCACGGCAACGACGACCAGCACGACUAGUACGGCUAGCAUGACGACCACGACCACGACGACCACGACGACCACGACAACCGAAACGACUACAACCAGCACGACCAGCACGACCAGCACGACUAGCACGACCAGCACGACCAACACGACCACCACGAGUACCACGACGACCACAGCCAGCACGACCAGCACGAGUACCACGACCACCACGAACACGAGUACCACGAGUACCACGAGUACCACGAGUACCACGACCACCACGACUAGCACGACCACCACGAGUACCACGACUAGCACUAGCACCACGACCACCACGAGUACCACCAGUACCACGACCACGACAACCAGCACGACUAGCACGAGUACCACGACCACCACGAGUACCACGACCACCACGAGUACCACGAGUACCACGACCACCACAACUAGCACAACCAGCACAACCAGCACAACCAGCACAACCAGCAUAACCAGCACGACCACCACGACCACCACGAGUACCACGACCAGCACGACGACAACGACCAGCACGACGACAACGACCAGCACGAGUACCACGACCAGCACGACGACAACGACCACCACGAGUACCACGACCACCACGAGUACCACGACUAGCACUAGCACCACGACCACCACGAGUACCACGACUAGCACCAGCACGAGUACCACGACCAGCACGAGUACCACGACUAGCACUACCACCACUUGUACCACGAGUACCACGAGUACCACGACCACGACCACAAUAACUACCAGCACGAGUACCACGACCACGACAACCAGCACGACUAGCACGAGUACCACGACCACCACGAGUACCACGACCACCACGAGUACCACGAGUACCACGACCAACACGACGACAACGACCAGCACGAGUACCACGACCACGACGACCAUCACGACCACCACGAGUACCACGAGUACCACGAGUACCACAAGCACCACGAGUACCACGACCACAACAACCACAACAACUACCACGACCAGUACGACUAGCAAACCGAGCACAGCUACCACAACCACAUCAACCAGCACAACUAGCACAGCCAGCACAACCUCUACAACCAAUGCCGCGACCAGCGCGACUAUUACAACCACCACUACAAACCAGGCGCCCAAUCCUACGACAACUACGACCACGUUGGAUACAGCAUCAACUACGAGUGGUGCAGUGCCCGGGCCUUGGGCUACCCGAGACAACAUGUCGGAACGCACCAAGUCAAUCUGGCAGUGGAAACGCGCCUUUCAUGACAACCAACGGUGGCUGCUCAUAUCCAAGCGGCUCAAGUUCGCCGAUUUUGUGCGAGACAACCCCGUCGAAUCCGACGUUUCGCCGUAUUUGUUGCUGUUCGCCUGA